GGACAAACGCGCUGAUAAUAACUGUUGCGUUACUGUAUUGUACGAUGUGCUUACCAAGUGCUGCUCCGCCUGGCUCCCCAGGAUGUUAUCCUAUACGAAACUACAAUAAGUCUCGAAAGAGAAAUGCUUCCUUGCAUGAAAAGGAGCGUUCAAAAUCUAUUAGUCAUGCUCGGGAAAAUACAAUAUCGAAUUCUGAACUUAACAUCCCUAAAAGCGUUAAGCUUCAAACCAAACCAGAAAACAGUUUCAAGGGGAAGCAAACUUGUGAACGUCGCGAAAAAUCUCGCAUUGCAGCUAAACAGCGGAGACAUCGUGAAAAUCAAGCUCUGGUAGAACUCUACUUAGCUUUACCGAUUCAGCAAAAUUUGGCCGCUGAUGUUUUAAAAAGUAAAUGCCAAAAAAAUGACUCGCUCAGAAUUAGAGGAUCAUAUGCAAACGUCAGAUAAUCUCUUACGAACUGGUUCGUCAUUUAAUGUCACUGGGGAAGUUGUUUUUGCUCCGACCUACCGUCUUGCUGCAACUAUAUUCAGGCAGCAUAAUUUAUCUACACCGGUGUUGGAAAAGGCUGUUAUCAUCCGCAUAGCCAGCAAUGCUUUGUGCUUGUACAACUGGCUUCAUCCUUCUUUUGAAUCAAAUUCAAAUAUGAAAUCACAGAGUAAAUCAGACUCAUCGUUAUCUUCUUUCACUUCGAUGGAAUUGUCGAAUUGUUGUACUACUCCUAACACUUCUGUUCGUACUGGUUUUACCUCUGUCAGUACUCUUACAAAACCCAUAUUAAGCGUGCAUUCAAAGAGUUUAAUGGCGAUUAUUGUCGAUGCUACAGAAAAUAUUAUUGUGUAUUCUCCACCGGCAUAUACUGAAUUAAUUGGUUUAUCAUGGGUUACUGCAAUCGGUUUGAAAUUGAAUGAAUUAGUGGCUCGACAAACAUCAGUUGGAUUUCCGUCAGAACUAAGAAGCCAUCAAUAUCAUCAUCACUCUUAUAAUCUACCAGAUAAUGAAAAUGUGCUUGUUGCUGAGAACUCAGUAAACACAAAUUAUAAACAGAGAUCUUCAUCUAAUCGCUAUGAAUUUGAAUGUACGGGAAUCGAUCAAACAGUAUCAUCUACACAUCCUUUCAAAUCAUCACAAAACCAACAGCAGCAAGUAAAUCCUGUGGAGAAACGUGUAUUGUCCGAAAUGAUUUGGCCAUCAUCAACUAGUACAAGUGAUCGACCAGUAUUUCUCAGUUCAAUCUUACCUACAACGACAAUUCCUACUUCUCAUACGGGAUAUUUAGACCAUUUGAACAAUGAAACAGAAGUAGGAGUCACACGAAAUGUUGAAGACUCUACGGCUGCUGUUACAGCUACUGGUAUGCCAAGUGGCAAAUGUAAAACAGACCAGGUAUGA